GAAUUACUUAUUUAUAAUAUAUUUUAAAAGUAAUUUCUUCAUUAUAAAUUUCUCUACUGAAAUUAAUUUGGGGAAUAUUACGUGUUGCAAUCAAAUUUUUUGCGGUUUUCGCACUGUAGAUGUCACUUUAAUCUAUCAGUUCUUUUUAAAUCAAAAAUGUCAGUUGAAAAGUGCAGAAGAUGUUAAAAAAUUUCUUAUAAAUAUAUAUCGGUUAUUUUACUAAGAAGUAUUAUUUUACUAAAGAAUUCAAUUCAAAUAUUAUAUAUUACAUAAAUAACUAUUGUGUCCCAAAGGUAAUAUGAAAUUACUUCAAUAUAUAAAUUUAUACAACAUAAUAGAUGUAUAAUAAAACCUUUUUCCUCAAAAAUAUCUCAACAUUUUUUAGAAAGUCUAUAAUUUGUAACAUUAUGGCUCACAUGGAAGCAUUUCAAUGUCCAUCCAAUGUUCCAUCUGAAUAUAAGGAAAUUGUUUUAGAUACUUUAUGUAAAAUGGAAGACCAUGUUGAAACUAGAGGAUCAAGGUAUCAAUGGAAUUUAGAUGAUUUUGAAAUCGGUGCACCUUUAGGCAGAGGUAAAUUUGGCCGUGUUUACUUGGCUAGAGAGAAAAGUACACAUUAUAUGGUAGCAUUGAAAACUUUAUACAAAGUGGAAUUAAUGAAAGGACGUGUAGAAAAACAAGUGAUGCGUGAAAUUGAAAUUCAAACACACUUAAGGCAUCCUAAUAUUCUGCAAAUGUUAACGUAUUUUCAUGAUCAUAAGCGCAUCUAUCUUGUAUUAGAGUUUGCUGCUCGAGGAGAAUUAUAUAAGGAAUUAAAGAGACAACCAAAUGAAAGAUUUAAUGAACACUUAUCUGCUAAGUAUACUUAUCAAGUAGCAGAUGCUUUAGAAUACUGUCAUAGAAAUAAUGUAAUUCAUAGAGAUAUAAAACCAGAAAAUUUAUUACUUACACAUGAAGGUAAUGUAAAAUUGGCAGACUUUGGAUGGUCUGUCCAUGCGCCAUCAUCUAAGAGGAAUACAUUAUGUGGAACAUUAGAUUACUUACCUCCAGAAAUGGUAACAGGACAAACAUAUGAUAUAUAUGUCGAUCAUUGGUGUUUAGGUAUUCUCUGUUAUGAAUUUCUUGUGGGUAAACCACCUUUUCUUAGUGAUUCACAGCAAGAAACUUACGUGAAAAUAAAGACAAUAAACAUACAGUGGCCAGAACAAAUUACAUCAGGAGCCAAAGAUUUGAUAUCAAGGUUAAUUAAACGGAAAAGCUCGGAAAGAAUCUCUAUGGCUGCUGUAAAAAGACAUUUUUGGAUAAUGAAAUAUAAAGACUCACAUUAGUUUUAAAGGAAUAACAAAAAUUAUUUGAAAUAUAUUUUUUAUUACAAGACAAUUAUUAAUGAAAUAUAAAGAAUUACAUUAGUUUUAAAGAAAUAAUAAAAAUUAUUUGAAAUAUA